AUGGUAGUUGAAGAUUCGAUGAAAGCUACAUCGGCGGAAGAUCUUUCUAAUUCCAUUGCUAAUCAAAACCCUAGAGGACGUGGCGGUGACGAAGAUGAGGAACUUGAGGAAGGUGAGAUCGUCGGCGACGACGACCUCGACUCCUCCAAUUUGUCCGCGUCCCUAGUGCAUCAGCCUCACCCUCUGGAGCACUCUUGGACCUUUUGGUUCGAUAACCCAUCUGCCAAAUCCAAGCAAGCCACCUGGGGUGCGUCUAUUCGACCGAUCUAUACCUUCUCUACCGUCGAGGAGUUCUGGAGUGUUUACAACAACAUUCAUCAUCCAAGCAAAUUGGCGAUGAGGGCAGAUUUGUACUGCUUCAAACAUAAAAUUGAGCCUAAAUGGGAAGAUCCCGUUUGUGCUAAUGGAGGGAAAUGGACUGUGAACUUUCCAAGGGGAAAAUCUGAUAAUGGCUGGUUGUACACGCUGCUUGCUAUGAUCGGAGAACAGUUUGACUGUGGUGAUGAAAUUUGUGGAGCAGUUGUUAAUGUUAGGUCUGGGCAGGAUAAAAUAUCAAUUUGGACGAAGAAUGCUUCCAAUGAAGCUGCGCAGGCGAGCAUUGGAAAACAGUGGAAGGAGUUUCUUGAUUACAAUGAGAGCAUUGGCUUUAUAUUCCACGAUGACGCAAAGAAAUUCGAUAGACAUGCGAAGAAUAAAUAUAUGGUGUGA